AUUAAGCUGCCCUGGUGUCAUAGUCCAGUUCUGUCAGGUUUUAUGUUACGUAUUGACUGUAACAUCAGUUAUAAAUGCCUCCUUUUAACUGCAUGUUUAAUAUUUGUUAAGAUAAUUAAUGUUUAGGUGAUAUUUUGAGGGGCUAAGGCUAUAUUCAAAGUGUAGCUAGCUUCCAGGAGCUUCACGGAAGAGCAGGAGUCCACUGUGGGCAGGAUAGGUCACUGAUCCGCGUCUAUAUGGAGACUUAAGACAUCAUUAUAACUUUCUCCGCAUCACUCAAUUAUUUAAAAUGUCGCAUCUUGACCCAGACGAAACCACUCCGCUGCUGCGGGACGAUGCCAGCAGUGAUGACUCCCAGGAUGACGACUACAGAAGCCGGUGGAGGUCAAUCCGAGUUUUAUACUUCACUAUGUUCCUCAGCAGUGUAGGUUUCACCAUCGUCAUCACAUCGCUAUGGCCCUAUUUGGAGAAGGUGGACAGCAGCGCAGACGCCAGCUUCCUGGGCUGGAUGGUUGCAGCCUACAGUCUUGGCCAGAUGGUGGCCUCGCCUCUGUUCGGCCUGUGGUCCAAUCACCGGCCCCGGAAGGAGCCGCUGGUGUGCUCCGUCGCCAUCAACCUGGCAGCUAAUAUCUACUACGCCUACGCGUACCUCCCAAAGACCAAUAACAAAUACCACAUGCUCAUUUCCAGAGCUUUUGUUGGCUUUGGAGCAGGUAAUGUCGCUGUGUCGAGGUCAUAUGUUGCUGAAGCUACAUCUCUGAAAGAGAGGACCGGAGCCAUGGCCAACAUGAGCGCCUGUCAGGCUCUGGGCUUCAUCCUUGGACCAGCGCUGCAGGCGUGCUUGUCCUUCGUUGGGGAAAACGGCGUCACAGUGAAGUUCCUGGAACUGCAGCUCAACAUGUACACCACACCGGCUCUCCUGGCUGCAGCUUUUGCCCUCAUUAACAUCCUGCUGGUUCUGCUGGUGCUCAAAGAACACCGCGUGGAUGAAGAUGGAAAGCACAUCAGAUCCAUUAAUUACACCUCAGAGGAGAGAGUUGAUAUCCUUGAUGAACCUGUGGAAUCAAUCGACCAUGUAGCCGUUGUGACCUCCAACGUCCUGUUCUUUAUCGUCAUGUUCAUCUUCGCCGUGUUUGAAACGAUUUCCACCCCUCUGUCCAUGGACAUGUUCGCCUGGACGAGGAGAGAAGCUGUGCUUUACAACGGUAUCAUUAUGGUCGGGAUUGGAUUCCAAUCCAUCCUGGUCUUUCUGGUGGUCAAAGCAGCCGCCUCCAGGUUCGGGGACCGUCCCGUGUUGCUUGCAGGUUUCUUUAUCAUAUUCUUAGGCUUCAUCAUUCUGCUUCCGUGGGGAAAUCAUUUCCCUAAAAUCCAGUGGGCAGACCUGAAAAACAACUCUUUGGUCAGUCUGAAGACUGAGGUUACGUUAUUGGCCAAUGGGACUGUGGAGCCGACAGGCUGCCCCUACGAGCAGACCUGGUGUCAGUAUAUCCCUGCUAUACACCUGGCUCAGUACAUAACAUCAGACUUCCUCAUUGGGGUGGGUUACCCAGCCUGUAACGUCAUGUCCUACACCCUUUAUUCCAAAAUACUCGGACCAAAACCUCAGGGUGUAUACAUGGGCUGGAUGACCGCCUCUGGGAGCGGGGCGCGAACGCUGGGCCCCGUCUUCGUCUCUCACAUCUACACCCUCCUGGGACCCCGCUGGGCCUUCAGCCUAAUCUGCGCUAUGGUGGUAGGGGCCGUCAUCCUCCUCCUCUCAGCCUACCACAGACUCAUCGCCUUUUCUGUUCGCCACGGGAGGAUCGUGGAGUGACGGAUCACUAAAAGGACUUAAUGAAACUUCCUACUGGUAUAUUAUUCCAGGUUUUCUGCUGUGACAGAAAAUGUGAUUGCUGCUUCUUAUUUGAAAUGUGGGGACGGAUCAAUUUUUAGAUUGUAACUCAGGGUUUUAAUCUUAAACCUUAAAAGUAAAGAGAUUUUAAUGGGUUGUUUCUAUUGAAAUGACUGGAGGCAGAUCCACUAGAGGGAGCUGGUGCUGCACCUGAAUAUGCUCUUGUCUUAAAGGACUAUUACGCACCAUAAAGAACAACAUAAUUAAGCUUUGUUGUUUUAGUGGUGCAAGAAUUAAGAAUUUCCAGUUUAACUUUUGACCAUUGAUGCACUAUAACAAGAAUACAGAUGGUAUUUUUAAAAGAUGAUUUUAAUAGCUUUACCUGUAGUUUGAAACUAUGGGAGUUUUUUUCUCAUUCCUAAUUUAUUCAGAAAGAUAUUUCUGAAUGUUUUUUUGGAUAAUAAUGGACUGAAUGAUGCAUUAAAUGUUUAACCUGA